GGCGAGCGAGCGAGCGAGCUGACUGACUUUGCAAUUGGCGACUGCAGCAGGUUGUUUAGCUCUGUCUCUUUCGCAGACUUUAAAACGUUCAAGAUUGAAACAUGGCAGUAGUAUCAACUGAUGCACAGCAGAAUGUGGUUUCCAGGGUUGCGAACCUUCCUCUGGUGAGUUCCACCUACGAUAUGGUCUCUUCUGCUUACAUCAGCACAAAAGAUAACCAUCCUUACUUAAAAUCAGUAUGUGAAAUAGCGGAGAAAGGAGUGAAAACCAUCACUGCAGUGGCCAUGACAAGUGCUUUGCCUAUCAUCCAGAGGCUGGAGCCACAAAUUGCAGUUGCCAACAGCUAUGCUUGUAUAGGACUGGACAAAGUUGAAGAGAGGCUGCCUAUACUGUACCAACCAACUGAUAAGGUAGUUGCUAAUGCAGUGGAUGUAGUUGUUGGAGCCAAGGAUGCUGUAACGACGACUGUGACUGGUGCCAAGGAUACUGUUGCACAUACCAUUAAUGGUGUUGUGGACAAGACUAAAGGAGCUGUGCAGGACAGUGUAGAGAUGACCAGGUCUGUAGUACAUGGCAGCAUUAACACUGUCCUGGGAAGUCGGGUGGUGCGCCUGGUGAGCAGUGGUGUGGAUACUGCCCUCAGCCGAUCAGAGACUCUUGUAGACCAGUAUCUCCCACUUACAGAAGAAGAGCAAGAAAAAGAAGCUACCAAAGUGGAAGGAUUUGAAGCUGGAGUUCAGAAGCCAAGUUACUACAUUCGACUAGGAUCUUUGUCUUCAAAGGUCCGAUCACGUGCCUACCAACAGGCCUUAAACACAGUUAGAGAUGCAAAGGUCAGAAGCCAAGAGACCAUUUCUCAGCUCAGUUACACUGUUAAUGUGAUUGAAUAUGCCAGAAAUAACAUGAAUAGUGCCAACCAAAAACUCCAAGAUGCCCAACAGAAGCUAUAUAAUUCCUGGGUAGAAUGGAAAAGAAACAUUGGCCAAAUUGAUAAUGAUGAUGACAGUGAUGACUCACACAGUGCUGAGACCAUUGAAUCGCGCACCCUAGCAAUUGCACGGAAUCUGACUCAGCAGCUUCAAACCACCUGCCUCACCCUGGUCUCGAGCAUCCAAGGCUUGCCACAGAACAUCCAAGAUCAGGUCCACUACAUAGGGGCACUAGCUGGAGAGGUCUAUAGAAGCUUCCGUUCAGCAUCUUCCUUCCGAGAAGUGUCUGACAACAUUAUUACCACCAGUAAAGGGCAGCUGAAGAAAAUGAAGGAGUCCUUGGAUGAUGUGAUGGAUUAUCUGGUAAACAACACGCCACUCAACUGGCUGGUUCCAGAUUUCACUAUCACAGACCUGUCUUCAGAAUCUGAUGAGAUACCAGAUGUUUUGGCUGUGGAUGAGGAAGCCCAGCAUGAUUACUCACGUGCAAAUGGUCCAAUCACCACAGGGCAAACAGCUGAAUAAGUGCCAUAUGUACGCAUAGACACACGCACAAAAAACUGGUUGUAGUUCAGUAUAUAUACACACUUCUUUGCCAUGCUGACUUAAUCCUUGUGCUUUUUGAAUAGGCAUUAAUUGGUUCAUGGGGAGUACAGAAUUGUUUUAUCGAUUUUGUUUAUAUUAAAUCAGCAUUCUGACUUUUUUUUUUAAAGCUGCGAGUAAACACAUUAGCUUAACAUUUUAGCAUGGGUAAUGGAUUCUCUUAUCCCACAGGCCAGAUCACAUUAUUUAACUGAACUUAAACAUCUGUCUAAGAUUUUAUCACAGAUUGGUCAGUAACAACUUGCUGAAAGAACUCCCCUAAUAAUUGACACGAAAGCCUAUCUGUAAGGAGGUUUGUUGGCUGAAGUUUCCUCCUUCAAUUCCUGUAUUUUCGUACCGUCAGAUUUACCUUUUGGCUUGCUUGGAAGAAAAAAAGCUAAAGUUUUAUGUUUCUCAUCUCUUGCUGUUUCAUAGUAGUAUGUCUACAUGACUGAUUUGGUGUGCCCAGCUCUGAAAGCAAAUUUUGACUGGGUUUCAGCAAAGUGGAAGACUCACUCGCAAUGCGGAAUGACAAUUCUCUGUAGAGGGGGAAAGGGGGGAAUGGGUUUGUGCUCGCUGCACCCGCUGGAUUCAACAUAAUGUUAUAGCACCCAUGUGCAUAUUAACUACAUGUGUAGGCUCUGUCAAGUGAUUAGAAACCCUUAUUCUUGCUGGGUCCCCAAUCCUGGAUAGACCCUUUUAGCUCACAUGGAUUUGUACAUAUUGAGGAAGUAGGUAUUGGUGCAGUAUACCUUCCUUGCAUGGACAUUCUACAGAGCUAGUGUAUCUUCCUUCUUCAUUUCUCUUUGGAGGUGUUUUCCUCUUUGGAGAUUUUCUGCUCUCUUAAGAUGGCCAGGUUUGUUCUUGUGGUAAUCCUGUAUCUGAGCUGCAUUACUUCACUGCAGGUAGGAGCUCACAAGUUAACAAUUCAGUAUUUUUCAGAAAAAACCUGGAAUGUCAGGGGAAAAGGCCAGUCUAGACUUCUACCUAGCAUCUGAUUUUCUGUGUAGAGGAAACAUUGUGAGUUCUGACAAGUAGGUGUGUGACCCAGAUACAGGUUUCAACAAGAGCUAGGUUCUGAGACAAAAUCCAGAGUUGGAUGAGGGUACAUAGUGUAAAAGCAGGUGAGAAAUCUGGAGACAGGGAGAAAGAGUAAGAAGUCAAAAAGAACAAACGUGAAUGUGGUGAGAGAAAACAGAAAUGUAAGAGGGAGAUAUGAAUGGGAGGAAAAAGUAACCCUCUGUAGCAGUGCUCUUUUGCACUGCUCCAUAUUUGCAUCAGAUCAGCAAACAGCCCUUACAGUUUGUGGUGCUGCUAACCAGGAGCUUUAGCGGAAGCUCUAAAGUUGGCAUCAGAAACUAAGAUAUCCUUGCCAGAAUGUGGUGUUCAGAUGUCCCUUAAACAUUGUUGACAGCUUUGUGUGUGUUUAUCAUGAUGAUGUGAAGACAUGCUGUGGUGCUAACUUACAGGCUAUGCCCAUGUAUUUUGGACAAAAGAGAUGAUUUGACUUGUUCUGUAACAGGAGGUAGAUAACCCCCACUGUAAUUUUUAUAUAUAUCAGAUUUAUACUGAAGUUUUAAGA